GUACGAUUCGCAUCAUGUUAAACGGCAACACGCUAUCUGAAACAUUAAUAUCAUUCUCAAAGUUUGCUAAACAGGAUUGGAGUUAUAGUAUUCAGUUAAAUCGUUGGUUCUUAAAACCGAUUGGAGCCUGGCCUCUCUCGUUAAGCGUUACUUUUAUAGAAAAAGUGAUUUCCAUCUGUUUGAUGACUAUCAGUAGCUUUCUGAUAGGAUUUCUGCUCGUACCAUGUGCUCUAUGCACGUUCCUUGAUCGAGAGGGUGAUCUCGACGCAAAAAUCAAGAUGAUAGGUCCUUUGAGUUUCUGCGUUAUGGCAGCCGUCAAAUAUUACAUCCUGACAUCUCGAGGAAAAGCUAUAGCAAGAUGUAUCCAACGUAUUUGUGUAGACUGGGAACGUGCCUCGUAUUAUUACAAAGAUCGUAAGAUCGUCGUCGAGAAUGCAGAGUUUGGUCGAUUUUUGGUCAUUUCCUGUGCAAUAUUCAUGUAUGGCGGUGGUUUCUUUUAUUGCACCGUGAUGCCACUCUGUGCCAUAAGAACCGAGAUUAUCGAUAACAAAACCAUAAGAGCACCAUCUUUCCCGAUUUAUCGAAAGCUUAUCGAUCCACGGACCACUCCAUAUAUCGAGAUAGUUCAGUUUCUCCAGUCUUUAGCUGGCUACGUAAUCUAUUCCGUUACGAUAAGCGCAUGCAGUCUAGCUGCAGUUUUUGUCAUGCACGCUUGCGGACAGCUUAAAAUUUUGAUGUCUAAAUUGGACGAUCUCGUUCUUGGCGAGAGACAAACAAAUGAUCUUGGUUCCUCGGACAAACGGAUGGGAGACAUCGUAAAGUAUCAUUUGCGAAUAUUCGAUUUUAUAUCUUGGAUCGAAGAGCUCUUCAAUGAGAUAUGUUUUGUAGAAUUAGUGGGAUGUACAUUAAAUAUAUGUUUUUUGGGAUAUUACCUUAUGACGGAAUGGGAACGUAACGAAACAGUAGGAACAUUGACGUAUUGUACCUUGCUUGUGUCUUUUAUUUUUAACAUAUUUAUACUGUGCUACAUUGGAGAGCUUCUUGCUGAACAGUGUAAAAAUGUCGGUAAAACUUCCUACAUGAUGGAUUGGUAUCGUUUACCAAAAAAAAAAGCACUCGAUCUUACACUCGUAAUCGCUGUUUCAAAUGCUCCUUUAAAGCUGACAGCUGGAAAAUUAUUUGAAUUGUCUUUGGCUAGUUUUUGUAGCGUAAUCAAAUCAGCCUCAGCAUAUUUGAACUUGUUACGUACUCUCACUAAUUAA